AUGGAGGAAUUCAGACAAAUUGGUGAGGUUUUGGGAAGUUUAAGAGCUCUCAUUGUCUUACAAGAUGAGUUUCAGAUCAAUCGACGACAGUGUUGUCUGUUGUUAGACAUCUUCUGUUUGGCUUUCGAUGUAAUCGCCGAAGAGAUCCGUCUGAACUUGAAACUGGAAGAGAAGAACACCAAAUGGAGUUCCCUCGAGAACCCUUUGCGAGAGCUUCAAAAGAUCUUUAAAGAAGGAGAAUCGUACGUACGACAAUGUAUGGACAAGAGAUCAGAUUGGUGGGUUAAGGCAAUCAAUCUCCAUCAAAACAAGGACUCCGUUGAUCACCACAUCCACAAUUUACUUUCUCAUUUCCCGGCGGUCCUCGAGGCCAUCGAGAUGGCCGGAGAGAUCGCGGGACUCAACCGGGAUGAGAUGCAAAGGAGGAGAGUCAUGCUUGUGAGGAAGUACGAUGUUGAAUGGAUGGAUCCGAAGCUUUUUCAGUUUCGGUUCGGAAGGCAGUACUUGAUCCCUCGAGAGAUUUGUAGCCGGUUUGAGAGUGCGUGGAGGGAAGAUCGAUGGAAUCUGGUCGAAGCUCUGAGGGAGAAGAAGUGUUCGGAAUCGGUAACAAAGAACCAAGAUUUGCUCGCUGGCUUGUUGAUUCGGAAAAUUAUUGGAUCAGAGGCUUAUAAUGGUAAACUUUUCCCUAGUUCAAUCUUGUAUGGAGGGGACUACCAAGUAAGGCGAAGAUUAGGAGGACAAUACAAGGAAAUCCAAUGGCUGGGAGAGAAUUUUUUGAUGAGGAACUUCUUUGGGGAUGUUGAGUCGUCAAGUUUCGAAAUCUCUACAUUGCUUUCACUUACUCAUCCGAAUAUACUGCAACACCUUUGCGGAUUUCACGAUGAAGAUAAAAAAGAAGUUAUGCUUGUUCUAGAGUCGGUGAACAAGGAUCUCGGCUGUUAUUUGAAGGAGAAUUAUGGUUCGAGAAGGAGGAUCUUGUUCUCGCUUCAUGUUGUGGUUGAUCUUAUGUUGCAGAUUGCAAGAGGAAUGGAGUAUCUGCAUUCAAAGAAGAUUUAUCAUGGACAGCUGAACCCUAAUAACAUUUAUCUAAGAGCUAAGAACAGCACCGAAGGUUGUUUCCAUUUGAAGAUUUCAGGUUACGGUUUAUCCAAUAUCAAGCCUCUUUCAUCCCCGAACUCGUCGCCGAGGAGAUAUGAGCCCAACCCCACCAUUUGGUAUGCUCCAGAAGUUAUGUUAGAGCAAGAGAAGCUAUUUAUUGGAUCCUCGGUUUCAAAGUAUUCAGAGAAGGCAGAUGUGUACAGUUUUGCGAUGCUUUUCUUCGAGCUCUUGUCUGGGAAACCGCCUUUCGAAGGACAUGGAGAGAAGAUGAGUAGAAGUAUCAUCGAAGGGGAGAGGCCUCUUUUUCCCUGCACAGCGCCGAAAUAUCUUGUCAACUUGACGAAAAGGUGUUGGCAUACGGAUCCGAACCAGCGUCCGAGUUUCUCAUCGAUUUGUCGGAUUUUGCGUUACAUCAAGAAGUUCAUUGUGAUGAACCCUGACUAUGAUCAUCCCGAAAUGCAAUGUCCAAUUGCAGAUUAUUGUGAGACAGAGUCAUGGUUUGCGAAAAAGUUCACUGCAAAUGGCACUCUCAAUCCACUUUCAGUUACACAAAUCCCAUUUCAAAUGUUUGCUUAUCGGCUUGCCGAGAAAGAUCGAACUAUUAUGAACACGGAGGAUAAAAACGGCGAGUUAACGGCCGAACGGACCUCGACUUGCAGAGAUGACAAUGUUUCUAUAAUAGAGGAACCCUUUGCAGGAACGAGUGAUAGAACGUCUGCUGGUUCUGAUGCAAAAUCUCGUGGUUCGGAUACCAAGUCCGUUUAUUGGGAUGUCCGGUCAGUCUACAGCGAGAUUCCAGAAAGGAAAUCGAUCCAAUUGUGUACGCCGCCCAAGAGACAAAUUUCCACCAAGAUUCCAGAGAAGAAAAUUGUAGUCACAAAGAAAAACAGUAACGUGAAGGCCAAGAAAAGUCCAGUGGCAACAAAUGGACUAUAUACUAGACCGUCGACCUUGAACCGUGUUCACAGUACUGGGAUAAUCCGAGAAAACCGAUCGGCAUUCGUCACCGGUUCCUCCACUUACCGGUUCCUCCACCAGAACCCGGCAACGAACGACAGCAGCGGCGGCGGCAACGGGUCAUACCUCAGAUUAGCACCAUUUAAUCACCAUAGUUAA